AUGGAGGACCAACUCAUGGGCCUGCUGGGCAACACUCAGCUCGCUGACGAAGGUGUCAGGAAGCAAGCUGAACUCGAGCUCAGACAGGCACAGGCCAACCCAGCAUUCGCCCUGUCUCUGGCCAACGUCGCCGCCCACGCCUCCGUCUCCACCGAGAUCCGUCAGGCCGCUCUCAUCACCCUGCGCAAGUUUAUCGAGCGCAAUUGGAGCGAAGAUUCCGAAGAUGAUGAUGAUGACAGCAGUCCUCGUAUCCCUAUUCCAGAUCACAUUAAGGACGAGCUGCGUCCAAAGCUGCUGGAGCUUGCCAUAAGCGAUGACAACGAGCGCAAGGUCAAGGCUUCGGUCAGCUACGUGGUGAGCAAAAUCGCCAACGUCGAUUUCCCCGAACGAUGGCCGGCUCUUGUCCCUACCCUCUUAAGCGUCAUGCCUGCUGGCUCCGACAAUCAGCUUCACGGCGCUUUGAAAGUACUCAACGACUUUGUGGAGGAGAACCUGAGCGAAGACCAGUUCUUCACCAUGGCUCGUGACAUUGUUGGCGCCGUCUACCAGGUUGCGUUGAAUGAGCAAAGAAACGGUCUGCUCCGAUCACUUGCCGUGUCCGUCUUCCGAACGUGCUUCGACCUCCUUGAUAUGGUCAAGGAUGAUCACCCAAAGGAGGUCAAGGGGUUCGUAGAGGAGGCGCUGGGCGGAUGGCUACCAUUUUUCCAACAGGUCCUGAAGACGCCGCUACCUGAAGGAGUCUCGGCCAAUGGCCAGCAACCCGAUGUUUGGAGAGGCCCGGUUGCUUUGAAGCUUCAAGUUGCCAGGACCCUGAUCAAGAUCAAGAUGGUGUUUCCGUCUCUCCUGCUGCCGCACAGCCUUGCCUUCUUUCAGAUCAUCUGGGAGGAGCUUACCAGGCUUCAGGUCCCUUAUGCCUCGCAAUACCUUGAAAAUGAUACCCAGGGCCGUCUUGAGGAUGCCGACGGUCUUCCAUAUACGUUGGACUUUUUGGUCCUGGAGGAGCUCGACUUCUUGAACCAGUGCAUGCGGGCAGCCCCGGUUCAAAAGGAGCUCGGUGCGCAAAGCACCCCUUGGAUUCUGGAUAUGAUCAAGCUGAUAGUGUCAUUUGCCCGGAUCCCGCACGAGGAGGAACAGCUUUGGGAUAUCGACGUCUCCUUAUAUCUUGCCGAGGAAGGCUCCAUAACAGCCAACUACACUGCGAGGACAGCAUGCGGUGACUUCCUGAUCAAACUUGGCGAGUGGCUAGUCCAGCCUACGCUCGAGGGGCUCUAUACUAAUACGAAAACCAUAUUCAGCACCGACAGCAGCGACUGGAGGUCACAGGAGGCGGCAUUAUAUCUCUUCACCAUGUUGGCCACGGAUAUGCAAGAGUGCAACAAGGAAAUUUCCCAACCGAUCUUGCAAGGCUAUUUGGAGCUUGUGAACUACGCCAUAAGCAGGGUCGAACAGCCGCUCCUGCAGGCACGCGGCUACUUGGUGUCUGGCACAAUAGCCAAGGGUUUCCCGCCUGCAUUGGCUUUGUUGGACCCUACGAUCAACGCCAUCCGAUCAGACCCGUCAGAGCUGGUUCAAGUUGCGUGUAUCAAAGCGCUCGAGAACUAUGUUCGUUCAGGAGUGGUCCCAGGCGACCGCCAGCUACACAUCCUGGGGGCCAUUGAGUCUUUCCUCAACAGCAAGGACUUGCAAGACAUUGAGGAUGCGGACGACCUGCUUGUAGCCCUAACCGAGUCUCUGCGUGCUGCCAUCAGCAUCAACCGCAGGGUUGUUCUUGCCCCUGAUAUCAAGUCUCUCGACUUGCUAUUCCUAGUUGCACAGCACGGUGCCCAAAACUACCAGGUCACCAUGCUGGUAAAUGAAGUCUUUGAGGAGAUAGUUCAGGAGUUGGCAGCCGACUCGGCUUCCUAUGCCACUCUCUGCACGCGGGUGCUGCCCACCUUGACCGGAGCACUGAACUACGGAGAGAUGGCGCAGAACGAACCGCUGAUUACUCUUGCCGCGGAACUCAUCGCCGUGCUCCUCGAGUCGGGAGUCGAGCCUCUGCCGGCCGGACUUGUUGCUCAGCUCCUGCCCAAACUGAACAAGAUCUUGAUGGAGUCUGACGAGGGCGAGAUUCUAAGGCCUGCCGCCGAAGCCGUCAAGUACAUGGUCAUGCACGAUCAUCACCAGGUGUUUGGUUGGCAGGACGAGCAGUCCAAGUGCUUUGGCCUUGAAGUGUGUCUGUACAUAAUCGACAGACUUCUGGGCCCCGGCAUUGAGGACAACGCAGCCUCGGAGGUUGGCGGCCUCGCCGCAGAGCUGGUGGAGAAGGCCGGCCAAGAGCGCCUGGGCCCCUAUCUUCUCAAGCUGCUGCAGGCCGUCGCCACAAGGCUCGCAUCUGCCAGUGCAGCUCAGUUCAUUCAGUCACUCAUUCUCGUUUUCGCCCGCCUUUCGCUUGCUGGUGCAGCCGACGUCGUGCAGUUCCUGAGCGGUAUCGAGAUCGGAGGGCAGAAUGGGCUGCAGGUGGUCCUGAGUAAAUGGCUGGAGAACUCGACGUUCUUCGCCGGAUUUGAUGAGAUUCGGCAAAACGUCAUCGCCCUCUCAAAGCUCUACUCUCUGAACGACCCGAGGGUAGCCCAGACGAUGGUCAAGGGAGACCUCAUCAUUGACCAGUCCAGCAGUAAAAUUGUGACAAGGUCACGAUCCAAGCAAACGCCUGACCAAUAUACUAUGAUCCCGGCAUCGCUCAAGAUCCUCAAGGUGCUCAUAGACGAAUUGUUGUUUGCGUCAGGAAAGCAGGAAGCCGCCACGGCGGCAGCACAAGCGGCCAAAAUGGCGGAGCUGGACGAGGACGAUGGUGAUGAGGGCUGGGAGGAUGAGCCUGACGUGCUGGACCUCGGCCUGGGUUCGACCAAGAAUGAUCUCAUGUCGUACUUUGAGGGCGGUGGCAACCGUGCUCGAGACGACGAGACACAGGCGUACCUGACCGACUUCUUUAUGCGAGCGGCUCGCGAGAACAUCGGUGGCUUCACCGACUGGUACACGCAGCUCAACGAGGAGGAAAAGGGCAAGCUCAACGAACUCGCAGCUCAGUGA